AUGGAUUUGUGCUUUUACGGGGUACAAAACUUUGCAUACCAGAAUGUCUGCAAAAACAAACUGUUAUGCUUUUCGCAUGAAGGUCACCAAGGCCAAUCAAAAUGCAAAGGAUUAUUACGUGAAUAUUGCUGGUUUCCACAUAUGGAUAGAAUGGUGGAAGAAAUUUGUAGAUCAUGCAUUGUAUGCCAAGCUGCAUCAACAAGAAUUAUUCCAGACCCGAUCAAACCAACAUUACUACCACGAGAUGUGUUUUCUGAAGUCAGUUGUGACUUUUGUGGUCCUUUUCCAGACGGUUACAUGUUACUAGUUGUUAUAUGUGACUACAGUAGAUUUCCAGUAGUUGAAAGAAUCAAAUCGACAGCCGCAGAUACAGUCAUACCGCGAUUAGAGGCGAUAUUUUCGGUAUUCGGAUAUCCAGAGGUAGUGAAAACGGACAAUGGACCUCCGUUUCAAAGUCGCGCAUUCAGAGAAUUUGCUGAUAAUUCGGGAUUCAAACAUAAACGAAUCACUCCAUUGCACCCACAGGCAAAUGGAAUAGUUGAGAGAUUUAUGGCGCCACUGCAAAAAGCAAUUAAAACAGCGAUAGCGUCUAGACAAGAUUAUAAAAGAGCGUUAAGUAGAUAUCUUAUGAAUUUUCGGAACACACCACAAACAACUACACAAAACAGCUCCUAG